UCGAGUGCUCCGCAGUAGAUUUGUGUCUUACGACAAUUAAACAAUAAAUACUAUUGGAUAUUUACAUAUAUCAUUGAUUUUUCUAUGAAACUGUGAUAAAGAAUCGACCAGUUUUAACCACUAAAUACUACAGUAAAUUAUCAAAUAUUUUGCCUAUUCAGUAGUCUACUCUGUUCGAAAUGGGCAAACCAGGAAUGAACUUGAAUUUAGGAGCUUCUAGGAAAACUAAACCGACUGAAUAUACUUCUUCCAUGAAGAAAAGGAGAAGAGCAUCGCAGGCGAAACACAGAUUGAAUGUUGCAACAUGCUAUCAAAAAUUAAGAAUGUCGAUACCAGGUGUAAAUAAUGAUCAUUGCAACAAAAGUAGAAGCAACCGUUGUUUGAAUAAAGCUGAUUUAUUAUAUCGAGCAAAGGAAUACAUAGUUCAUCUUGAGAAGUCUAUGGAGAAAUUGUUGAAUCUGAAAGGACAAAUGACGCCAUCACUCGACCAUGGAAGUGAGCGCGAUGACGAAAUUUUAACAAAUGAAAUUUCUAACUUCAAAAGAAUGGAUCAAUUCAAGGAUCAUUUCGCGUCAACCUUCCAAGUUGAUCGGAAUGCAGCGUCAUACUUGUACCAUUCAGCAGAAACGAGAAGUACUUUAAAGCAUCAGAUUUUGAGUCAUCGCACUAAGACUUCUAUGGUUACUGUUGGAGAGAAAGAUAGAAAUUUGAAUCAUUGUCACGUACAAAAGGAAACUUUGCUAACAGAAAGUCAGUCACCAACAGCAAAAUCAAAGGGGUCAUCCCAACAAAGUGAUGAUUUAGGUUUUGUGUCAGCGGAGGGCGGAAGUCAAGAUCAACAUCAUAGUAAUAAUAAUAAUAAAAAGAUAUCACAAUCAUUAACUCAACAGCAGUGGAAUGGGUGUUGUAUGCCUCAGUGUAACGUACAGGGUGCUCCUGGUUCGAUUCACACAUUCGGGAGUCCGUUUGUUCAUUAUCCAGCGACAGUUUUUAACACGUUUCCCGAUUGUGGUUUUAUGGAUCCGUCUAAUUUUUAUUUUUACGUUCCAACUGCCGGAUAUCCGAGACAAUUUUAUACAUCUCUUGAUGAUCACCACUCUUAUUUGGCUAAUGGAAUACCGCCCAUGCAUGCGACUUAUAAUAUGCCAGGACAGUUUCUCAACACCAGUUCUCUUGUUGGACAAACUGGUAGCUUCGUGGCCGGCGCUGAACAAGCAACAACAUCAUAUCAAAAUAUUAUAUUUGAUGAUAUGAAGAAAAAUCAAGAUUCACAAAUGAGUAUUGAAAGUGUUGUCAAAAAUCCAUCGGCGUUUAUUGAAGAAUUGAAUACAUCGAAACAGGAGAAUAUGAUUGAGCACAAAGACGAUAUUGCCAAAGAAAAAGAACUGACAGUCGAAUAUGAAUAUAGUGAAGCCGAUGGAACGUUGGUCCCACCAAGAAUAUGUUUAAAGAGUAAAGAAUCAUGUGAUAAAGAAGAAACACGAUCUUCUCCUCGUACAAUUAUUGUCGUCGAAAAAACAGUAACAAGAACAAAUGAAGACGAGGGAAUUUCCGUGUUAUCAGACAGCUAGUUCUUUUUCUUGCUGAUUCUGGAUAGAAACUUCAGUUUGCUGUGUAGUUUCAGGAGUUUAGGAUAUAUCCAAGUAGUACGGAAAUACGAAAAAAAUAUUUAAUGAAUGUUUUAGACUUUUCCUCUUAACAAGGUACCAUUGGAACGUUAGCAGUCAGUUUGUUUUAAAAGAGAUGUGUUUUUUUGUUUGUUUGGUAUUUACAUUCUGGGUGAAGUAAUGGACAUGGGUUUUUACGUUUAUAUUUCAGAUUAUCGACACUACACGUUUAGAUUCAACUUGCUAUAAAGCUUUGAAUAAAAUUAUUCCAAAGCAUGAUUUAUUUGUACCAAGCUAUAAAGUGUGCUUCGACAAAGUUACACUGAGAUGCUGGUAAAUUUACCGCAUUUUUGUGCUACCCCAUCGCACUUUACGUUCUGGCUAUAAAGAACAGAGUUGCAAUUGUGCUCGCUUUUUUCUACAAGAACCAUUUUCUAUUUUGGACCUAAAAAAGGAAAUAAACUAACGCAUAACGUAGAUCAUGUUUACUAAUUUAAAAAUCAAUACAAAAAAUCCCAGACGACAUAGGAAUCCGUAAUGGAUUUGAACACGCUUGAAAGAGCGUUUGGGAGAGUAAAUUAUGUUUAAUGUAACGUGCAAAAGUUUGUUUAAAUUUUUUUCUUUCUCUUAGGUUUUUUUUAUUAUAUUUUUGAAUUGGCGUGAUGGAUCAAUUUAAUUAAUUUGACUCGAGAGACAGUGCGUCAGUUGUUUUUAUAUAAUUUCAUUUUUGUCAAUUUUAUUAGGUCUUUUCGUUAAAUAAUAAAGGUA